CAUUCCAGCGACCAUUACUAACGUAGAGCUAAACAACUAUCUUCGAAAAAUAUAUUUCCUAAAGCUAAAAAAGUGCUAAGCUAACAGGCUAGGGGAGUGAAUAGCUGCUGGCUGGCGAGGCAACUGGCUGACAACGCCUUGAAAAAACAUCCUACAAACACCGUGGUCGAGCAGCAGAACGGCACGGCUGUUGUGAUACUUGUUCCCAGCUUUCCCUGACAGGGCAAGACCUAUUCAAGGUUAAAAAGCAGGAUAAAGUGGAAGUACUUAAAAGCCAAACAGCUCUCUUGCUGUCAAACAGCAGACACCGCUGGAGCCUGCAGUCAACAAUGAAGCUCAUCGUGUGGUGUCUCCUGCUUCUUCCAUUUGCAACUGUGGUGUUGACAGCCCCAGUCAGAGAUCGAAGAGAAAAUUUCAUAAGCUUCCUGAAUGAUGCACUUGGCGCAAUGACCACACCUGCAUAUGCAACAGCAAAUAGAAACCCUACAAGUAAACCUGUGACAGAUAAAGACUCUGAAGAUAUGUCAGAUGCAAAGUCUGCAGAGAGUUUUGACACCAUUGGGUUUACAGACAAAGGCCUUGAAAGUCAUGAGAUCUGGAUUCCCGAAGUUAUGGUGAAUGAUAACACACCAUCAGGGAGGAAAAAAGGAGUGGGCAAAGACAGUGUGGGGCCAGUGGAUGUGAGCAGAAGACUGGUUCAGGACCUCGGGAGCAGAGAACCGACUGAUCUUGACAGUGAGGAAGGAAUGACGGUGGUUGCUCAGGAGGAUGGAAAUUUGUCAGGAAAACAAGUUAUCCGUUUAAGCGGAGACAAAGUGAUUGACAGUGCCAGUCAAGGUGCCAAUCUCCAAGGAAAGGUGAGGAGAGUUAAUGGGUUGAUUGGUGUGUUGGCCCCAGGCCAAAGCAGAGAAAUGCAAGACUGGGACAGUGCGGAGGACAACAAUGGCAGACUGCCUGCAGUAGGAAACACCAGAGAUACAGAUGAAACCAGAGAGUAUAUCAGCUCUGAAACUUAUCCAAUCGCCCCCCCCAGAACACAGCCCCAGUAGCUUGUCUGUUCCAGCCAGGAGCCGAGCCUCCUGGUGAUCAUAUAAAGAUUCCAUUUCUUCCUCAUAAUGAGUCAAGGGCUGGCAUCUGUUGACUCAUAGGAAGCAGACAGACUGCUUCCACAUAACGCUGCUUCUGGGACUUUUUGAUCCAAAUUUAGAUUAGAUUAUUUAGAUAGUCAUUUUAGUUAUGCGAUCAUGUGGAGAGAUUUGAGAAACAAAGCGGUUUCAACAAUUUUGUAUUAAAUAGCAUAAGUCUCUACUGCGUGAUGUUUGGUACAAAAGCUGUAGUAUGAGAAAUGUGAAAAAAAUAAAAUUAGAAAUGGGCACAAACAACUUUUGAUGACUGGACAGAAAUGUGUUGCUUUUAUCUAGUACUGAAAGUCUUUGUAUGUUAAUUGUAAUGUGAAAAUGUAUAAGUAAUCCUCUGAAAUAUAACUACAAAAUAAAAUAAAAUGUAAAAACUG